CGUCCCUUGUUAUCCCCUUUUUAAGACACGGCAUCUCGCGAUUCAACAAACUCGACGAUCCGAUUCUUCCUUCCUUCUGCCAUUGUGCAUGCGCAACCACGGUUAAUCCAUACAUCGACAAGAUAGAUUUCCCCACGUGCAACACCUCAAAUCGCACAAGAUGAGCGAAUCCACGAUAACCGAGACGUCGCUCAAAGCGGCGCUCACCGAGCGCCUGCAGGCCGUUCACGUCGAAGUCACCGACAUGUCCGGAGGCUGCGGCCAAUCCUUCACCUCACUAAUCGUCUCCCCGACAUUCACGGGCCUCAACAGCCUCAAACGCCACCGCGCAGUGAACGCCGCAAUGAAGGACGAGAUCGCGGCGAUCCACGCGUGGAGCGCGAAGUGCCAGACGCCGCAGGAGUGGGAGCGCGACAGGGCGAGCCGUGGGACCGAGGGUCCGCCUUUGAAUGGGACUGUGCAGGGGCGGGUUGAGGGUGUUGAUGCUUGAGUUGCGCACGGUGGGAUAUCUAGUGGAAAAGAAUGGCAUGACGAGGCGAGGCGAGGAAACUGAGAC